GGAAACCCCAUAGGAGAUGCCAGCAGCGGCCAUCUUUAAUGUGGGCAAUGUUCACUUCGUUUUUAUUCGGUAUCUGUUUCCUUUUGCCUUGAAUGUUAUCCUGAGGAGAAUGGAGCCAUCGGGAGCAGCAGCAGCCAGCCAAUCCUCUCCCUCGAGCGGUGUGCUGGACCUUUCCUGUACAUAUGAUCCAUCAAAGAGUCUUCUUCAGCCGGAACCCCCAACUGGAACAUUGGAGGAGGAGGAGGAUUCCAGCUGUGCCUGGACCUUGGCUUCACAAGCAUCUUCACUGAACUACACUGGUUACGGAACAAGCGAUUGUAAAAGAAUAAGACUAGAAGAUGAGGAAAGAUCGUCACCCAGCAGCAGUUCCUCCAUUGUGAGGGAACAAAGGAGCUCCUCCCCUAUCACCUCCUCCUCACCCAGACUAGAAACCAAUGAAGACAUGGAGGAGGAGGCCCAACUUCGGGCAAAUCUAGAUGCAUUUUAUGAACUCAGCUCCUUGCCUGGAGACGACGAGUUUUCAAAUCAGCUUUCUGAGAAAAUCUUGGAAUUAAAGCAGAAGAAACAUCUAUAUGCUCUCCGUUGCUUCCAGAUGGGAAAGAUUAUUUUACGUCAGGAAGGAUCCAAAGUUUUGCAGAGCAAUGUCGCGGAUAACGCCUUCUCUUCCUUCGGAGAGACCCUGGAUAUAAAACCAGUGUCGGGGCUUUCUGAUGAUGUCAUCAGGUUCCUAAAGGAUAAGAACUCUAAAAAAACGGGACCUUAAAGUGGAGUUUCCAUCCCAAAAUGUUUUUUUUCAUUAUUGUGUUCAUUAGACCUAAAAAA